AUGUCUACAACGAGGAAUUCACUUCAAACUAAUUUGAAUAAACUAUUGCGACAAUACCAAAAAGCCCCCCACGCUAUCACCGGAGAAUCCCCAUCCAAGCUGUUUCUGGGACGCAAUGUGCGCACCCGCCUCGAAAUAGUGAGGCCACAAGAUGUCAGUACCAGAAUUUCGCAGAAGCAACAAAUAUUUAAUUCCUCCUUCCGGGAAUUACAGUCAGGACAACGAGUUUACUUCCUUUCAGGGAAUUCCCGCAUGGACAAUUCCUACAAUCAAAUCCUGUCAUUUUGUAAUUCUAAAAACACAACAAUAUUACUGGCGACAAAUGCGCAUAGACGUAGCAAUGAUAUGCGUAAUCCAGUAUUAAGUAACAAGGGAUACAAGUAUAAAAAUAUAAUUGCGCCAUUAAUGUCUAAUAAAAAUAUAAUAGCGCCUGGAAAAAAGCUGGAAGAGUGGCUACAUUCUAUGGAAAAAGUGAAUACUGGCAGCAUUUACAGUAUUGCUUGGUCUAGCGAUAGUACACAAGUAGCUAUGGCAUGCGGUAAUGGAAAACUUUUGACCGCACAUAUUAUAGACAGGAGAUUGGAAUGGGAUAAUUAUGAAGCCAUGUUGAUAAGGAGAAAAGUGAUUGAAGUUAAAGAAGUUGGCAACGAAGUUCAUGAAGUAUUAGAAAUCUCCGAUCGUGUCGUGCACCUCGAAUUUGGCUUUGGUCAUCUAGUCGUUAUUACGCCUGCACAAUGUCAUAUCUAUUCAGUGACUAAUUGGAAUACACCGGCAAUAUUUAACUUGAAAAGAAGCAUCAUCUCUGCUGUACUUCUUGCAGAAAAGCAUUUUCUAAUUGUGGAGUUCAAUACUAUGUCAUUGUACAAUUACCAAGGUCGUUUAUUGGGUACUCCAAGAUGGAAAGGAUUUACUGAAGAACCACUGUAUACUCCUUGCUUAUCAUUGUGUGCAGAUACCUUGGUCAUAAGGAAUCAAACUAAUGAAAAAUUACUACAUAUCUUGGAGAUAUCUUAUAACAAGCCGAUAGUAGAGGGUCAAUCAUAUUCACAUCUGCACGGUGUGAUGCAACUGGCACUAAGUUAUAUUAGCAUAAAGGAUCGACACACACAGUUAGCAUUAAUAGAUGUCAACAAAGAUCUGUUUUUAAUUGCAAUAAGGACUACAGGUUUCGAGAGAGUUUGCAAAAUAGCUGCAAUGGCGCAAAAUAUUGUAUGGGCAACUGAUGCAAAUGUAUUAGCUGCAAUGCUAGAUACUAAUUUGUCGGUAUGGUUAUGUCCUAAUUGUGUUCAUUAUAGUGAUCGCAAAGUGAUACGGCGAACGCGAAUUGAUAAAGAAAGCAGUGAAUUUGGAAAACAGCCCAGCAUUGUCAGUGUUCGUAAUGGCAUGGUCAUGGUUAGACGUGGAGAUGGUGCUAUUGUGGCUACCUUAUUUUAUAAUUUAUUUAAAAACUUAUAUGAACAUACAUCAAACAAAAGAUUGAAAGAAGCGCUUUCUAUUUGUCGUAUAGCUCAGAAUGAAAUAUUGUGGACUUGUAUGGCUGUCAUGGCAACUGAUAAUAAAGAACUUCACGCUGCCGAAGAAGCAUAUGCAGCAAUAGGCAGAUUUGAUAUAGUAGAUUAUAUCAAAUACAUUAAGAGUUUGCCUAAUACUACAGAAAGAUGUGCAGAAAUGGCACUACUGGCGGGAGAUUUGUUGGCAGCAGAAGGUAUAUUAUUACAAAGUGGCCUGAUUAAAGAGGCUAUACACAUCAACCUUGAAGUUUAUAAUUGGAAUAGGGCUUUGGAAUUAGCAAUAAGACAUAAAAGGCAACUUGAAGAGGUUCUAAAUGCGAGAGCAAAAUAUUUACACACUAUUAACAAAAAUGAAACAAACCAAAGUUUUCUUACACAUAUAGAAAAUAUUUCGACACCACAAUUGGCGAAUAAAGAAAGCAAUGAAAAGAAAAUUUAUGUCAAAAAUGAUGUUGAACAAAUCGAUGUUAAAUAA